UCGCAGCAAGUCCUUUUCCUUCUUCCUGUAGAUGUUGAGGCAAACAUCUCACGGUUGCCAACCCCCAAAUCACCCACCGACACACAUCCGGAAAGGAUCGCCUCACAGCAGAUCUCUGCGAUAAGAGAGAGAGAGAGAGAGACAGAGACAGAGAGAGAUGCCGAGCGUGGCGGUGAAGCUCUACAGCGUGUUCUUCAAGCUCCUCCUGAAGCACAAGCUGCAGCAGCGCCUGCAGAUGGAGGACGCGGCGAGCCCCUUUGGCGUCACCUCCCGCCCGGAGGAGUCCACCGCCCCGGCCAACCCCUCCUUCGGCCCCGACGGGGUCGCCACCAAGGACAUUCACAUCGACCCCCUCACCGCCCUCUCCAUCCGCAUCUUCCUCCCGGACCCCGCCCUCGACCGCGUUGGCACCAAGCCACGCCAAGCCCCUGAUCAGGACCGCCGCAACAGUUACGGCGGCGCCUGUGCCACCCCCCCGCCCGACCAUACCCGCCGCAGCAGCUAUGACGGCCCCGGAUCCCAGAACGGCAAUGGAGCCGCUGCGGCUGAGACUGCCGCCACGGGGACCUACAGGGGAUACCUGCCCUCUGUCGUGGAUGCGCGUCAUCGGACUGGCAGAUCGAAGAAGUUGCCCAUCGUCGUCCAGUUUCAUGGAGGCGGGUUCAUUGCCGGGAGCAAUACUUCGACCGCGAAUGAUUUCUUCUGCAGACGGAUCGCUAAGUUGUGCGAUGCCGUAGUGAUUUCGGUUGGGUAUAGGCUGGCGCCAGAGAGUCGGUAUCCUGCUGCAUUUGAGGAUGGGUUGAAGGUGCUGUAUUGGUUGGGGAAGCAGGCAAAAUUAGUGGAAUGUAGGAUGUCGAUGGGGACUGCCAGGGGAUUAGGGGUUGGAGAGGUGAGGAGAUCCCAGAUCGUUGAUACAUUUGGGGCUUCCACUGUGGAACCAUGGCUAGCAGCUCAUGGUGAUCCUUCCAGAUGUGUUCUACUUGGUGUAAGCUGUGGAGCUAAUAUUGCAGAUCAUGUGGCUCGUAAAGUAGUUGAUGCAGGAAAACUCGCCGAGCCAGUUAGGGUUGUUGCUCAAGUUCUAAUGUGUCCCUUCUUCAUUGGAUGCGUCUCCACCCGUUCUGAGAUAAAGCUAGCAAAUUCUUACUUCUAUGACAAAUCUUCGUGUGUGCUUGCUUGGAAGUUGUUCUUACCAGAGGAUGAGUUUAGUUUAGACCAUCCAGCUGCAAAUCCUCUCGUUCCAGGUAGGGGACCUCCAUUGAAAUGUAUGCCUCCGACCCUCACAGUGGUUGCAGAGCAUGAUUGGAUGAGGGACCGUGCAAUUGCAUAUUCCGAGGAGCUUCGCAAGGUAAAUGUUGACGCACCAGUCCUUGAAUACAAAGAUGCAGUUCAUGAAUUUGCCACGCUCGACAUGCUCCUCAAAACUCCACAGGCGCAGGCCUGCACGGAGGACAUUGCAAUAUGGGUGAAGAAGUAUAUAUCGAUCCGUGGACAUGAAUUCUCAUAUUAGAUGCCACAAUUUUGUGACUUAGAUAUCAGGGAAGGGCAUUGCUGCAAUUUUCUUUGCAGGGGCUGUACGUUUGUUUAGCUGCAUCUGGUUGGCACGGUUGAUGUGGUCAAUUCUUUUAUGAUCUUCAUUCUUAUAUGGUGUAAGAUGUGAAGAACAGGCUCAUUAAAUGUAAUGCUGUUUCCCUCUGUUCCCAUUAUCA